AUGUCUAAGGGCUGCAUACAAGGCUCCACGUGUGGCACUGUUCUCUGGAAUAUUAUACUUGAUGAGUUACUCGACGCGCAGCUUCCAGCGGGAUGCCACAUACAAGUCUUUGCGGACGACGUCCUGCUGGUUGUUAUGGCCGCGAGUGGUGGCGAGCUGGAGAGCGCUGCCAACUUAGCUCUCCACCAUAUACUCGAAUGGUGGAAGAGCGUCAAGCUGAUGUUCGGCCCCACUAAGACUAAGCUCAUUGCCUUGACACCUAAGGCCAAGACGGCCAGCAUUAACAUCGAUGGACACCGACUUUCCUUCGUUCCGGAGGCGAACCUUUUGGGUGUUAUUUUAGAUGACUAA